UGCGUGUCGGGAAAUUUUAGGUUCAUUUUAACUUUUCAUUUGUUUAUCGAACAAAGUAUUAUGCAAAGUUGAUUAGUGAUUUUGCACAAGUGAAGUUUGGCCUUAUCAUCAUCAUCGAACAGAGGAUUUACUGGAGAUCAAAUAACGUCUUUUGAAGCAAUUAGUUCUUUAAGCUAUAACCAAGAUGGACAUCCCAGAACCGAUGCAAGUUGACGCCAACGACAUCAUGCUCGUGGAGGACAUGAACGAAAACAACGAAAACGAAAUGAUCCAACCUCCCCCUCCGGGUGGAGGUGGGGCGCAAUUUCUUCUCGGAGGGGAGGAGGAACCACCAGAAGAUGCCAAUUUUUCCGUAGAAAAUCCAUCCUUGGAUUUGGAAAGCUACGCUGCAAGUUACACUGGAAUUGCCAAGUUAUUCCGACUCAUCCACAUUGCUGAUCAUUGCCCUUCUUUGAAAACGGAUGCUUUAAAAAUGGCGAUUGUUCAUGUCAAACAAACCUACAGUGUCGACAUGUAUCAACAUCUCCAUAAGAAGAUAAGAGGGACAAAUACCGUGGCGUCGUCAACUGGGAACAAUAAUAAUGCCGCUGUCGUAGUUGGUGACGCUGACGCUGGAAAUGGAGCCGUGGCCGCACCGGGGGUAAACAAUAACGCCAGCGAAAACGAAGCUGGUGGAGAGGGUGGUGCCGCUGCUGCUGCUAUUGUUGCUGCUCCACCCAGUUCGACAGAUUAUCCUCCAUUGGACGCUCAGUGGAUGGAAGCAACGGUCAAGAAGAGUAUGCUCAUGUUGGACAAGUUAGACGCAGAAUUGAAGAAUCAUAAAUCAAAUUCCAUCAAGGAAAGUAUCCGACGGGGAUACGAUGACUUGGGAGAAUAUUAUUUAGAAUGUGGGGAUUUGUUAAAUGCCUUGAAAUCUUUUACACGAUCGAGGGAUUACUGUACUUCAGCGAAACAUGUUAUUAACAUGUGCCUCAAUAUUAUUAAGGUUUCGAUUUACUUACAAAACUGGUCUCACGUUUCGAACUAUGUGACGAAAGCUGAAAGUACCCCAGACCCCUCAGAAGAUAAGAGGGCAGCAAAGACAACGACGAAUGCAAAGGAAACGGGUCAAGUUGCAGCGAAACUCAGGUGCGCCAUGGGGUUGGCAGAUCUUGCUCUGAAAAAGUACAAGACGUCGGCGAGAUGUUUUCUUCAAAUAACUUUCGACCAUUUUGACUGCCCCGAACUUUUAUCUCAAAGUAAUGUCGCGGUAUAUACGGCUCUCUGCGCCUUGGCGACUUUCAAUAGGAAAGAAAUGCAGGAUGAAAUUAUAUAUAGCAGCUCAUUUAAAUUGUUCCUGGAAGUUGAACCACCAAUUAGAGAAGUAAUUCAUUCGUUUUAUGACUCCAAAUAUGGAAAAUGUCUCCAAUUGCUGGAUGAAAUGAGAGACAAUCUUAUGUUGGAUAUUUACCUAGCUCCACAUGUGAGAACGCUAUACUCUCAAAUUCGAAGUCGAGGACUGAUCCAAUAUUUCGCUCCAUAUGCUUCCGCUGAUAUGAGUCUAAUGGCACAAAGCUUCAACACGUCAAUCCAACAAUUAGAGAACGAACUGAUGAAUCUCAUUCUAUCGGGUCAAAUUCAAGCCCGGAUCGAUUCUCACAAUAAGACUCUCCUCGAAAGGAAUGACGACGAAAGGUGUGCCAUCUUCGAUAAAGUUUUAAAACUGGGGAGUGAAUAUGAAAGAAAGACUAAACUUGGGAUUUUGAGAACGGCAAUUCUUCGGGCACAUAUUCAAGUCAAGAACCCAUUAAAACAGGACCAAGAACAGGCUUCCGGUCGAGGAGGACGUUCUCACCAUUUCAACAACCACAUUUGACCCCGAUCCCUCUCAACGCGCCUGUGACGUACCGUACCGUAUAUCCAUUGUCUUCAAAAAUAUAGCGUACCAAUCGAUUAUUUGAAACCAAUACUAUUACUACUACACCGUACGUACCUUAUACUACAGAAGUUAUGAUAUGUGAUGAUAAUUCAUGUCAUUAUUUAAUCCGUCGUUUGAGAACACUGUUAAUUUACAUCUUAUUUCUUAAUGUUUCAAACUCAAUUUUCAUUCAAUUUAAUCAACAAUUAUCAUAAUAGUGUAGGAACAACAAUAAUAAUUAUUUAUAAGAAUUAAAAUGGUUUAAAGCUAUUGGUAUUGAAAACAGUA